AUGGCGUAUGCGGCGGAGCUCCCCUACGCCAACGAUCCCAACCAGAAACCCAAACCCGCAGCCGCGGAGCCGGCGGCCCCCACCCGCCGCGUCCGUUGGACCACCGUGGCGAUCCUCGUCUUCCUGGCGCUCAAUCUCGUUCUCUGCGUCUACGGCGACGGCCGCGGCGCGGUCGCCUUCGUCGUCGUCUCCCACCUGAACCUGGCCCUGCUCCUCUGCGCGCUCCACCGCUUCGAGGUCGCGCCGCACGGGUCCCCCGCGCGCGGCCGCGCCAGGCUUGCCGUGUGGCUCCUCACCACCACGCUCACCGCCGCCUUCACCUGGAAGAUCGGGGAGGUGAUGCCACUGGGCCUAGCGGUCGCGGCAUGGGUCUUGGCCGCCGCCACCGUCGGCGGUGGGUUCUACGCUCUGUUUCUCCAUGAUGAUGACGAUGAGAAGCGAUCUGAAUCUCUGAUCAUGCGAGACUGCGAGAGGGAUGUUCUUGCUUCAUAG